AUGUCAUCCAUGUUCAAGGUCAGGUGGGAUAAUGAAGCUCCUCAGAUCACUAUUGAAAGGAUGGAUGAGCCAGCAUACUGUCACGAGUUUGGUAUUGAAGAUGUAGUGGACAAACCUUGGUUCCAUGAAGUCAAAAGAUAUCUCAAAGCCCAAGAAUAUCAUGAGGGAGCUUCAGUCAAUGAUAAGAAGUUCCUAAGAAGGUUCUCUGCUAAGUUCUUCCUCAGUAACAGGAUCCUCUACAAGCGCAACCACGACUCUACCUUGCUUCGGUGUGUAGACAAGAGUGAGGUAGAAAAGAUUAUGGCUGAUUUACAUUAA